CAGAGGGAGAGGGCGAGCGAUCCAUGUGAGGUUGGCGGCCAUGCGAGCCGGUGCCUGACGUCAGCAGGAGCGAGAGGAGUGAAGGGGAAAAGGCGGAUUUGAUAAAAGCGGCGGAACCGGGGCUCGGGGGAGGCCGCGCGCCGUGCUGUGUGAGCGCGCCCGGAGAACGAGCGGGUGCGUGUGCGCGCUUGUCUCUCUCUCUCUCUCUCUUUCACACACUCACUCCACUCACUCGCCGUCUCUCUGUGUCUCUGCCUCUUCCCACACCGAGAGCAGCAGCAGCACAACGAGAAGAAAAUGGCCGACGACCCGACCGCAGCCGACAGGAACGUGGAGAUCUGGAAGAUCAAGAAGCUCAUCAAGAGCCUGGAGGCCGCCAGAGGGAAUGGUACCAGUAUGAUUUCGCUCAUCAUUCCUCCCAAAGACCAGAUCUCACGAGUAGCAAAGAUGUUGGCGGAUGAAUUUGGCACUGCCUCAAACAUCAAAUCUCGAGUGAACCGUCUGUCUGUGCUGGGGGCCAUUACGUCUGUACAGCAGCGUCUUAAACUAUAUAAUAAAGUACCGCCGAAUGGUUUGGUUGUCUACUGUGGAACAAUUGUAACGGAAGAAGGCAAAGAAAAGAAAGUUAAUAUUGAUUUUGAGCCCUUCAAACCGAUUAACACAUCGCUAUACCUCUGUGACAAUAAAUUUCAUACAGAGGCUCUCACUGCGCUACUGUCAGAUGACAGCAAAUUUGGGUUCAUCGUAAUUGACGGUACUGGGGCUUUGUUCGGUACUCUCCAGGGAAACACACGGGAGGUACUACACAAGUUCACUGUGGAUCUACCAAAGAAGCAUGGCAGAGGAGGUCAGUCUGCCCUGCGUUUUGCUCGCCUGAGAAUGGAGAAGAGACAUAACUACGUGCGGAAGGUAGCAGAGACAGCCGUGCAGCUGUUCAUCAGCAGCGACAAGGUGAAUGUGGCGGGUCUCAUCUUGGCUGGAUCAGCGGAUUUCAAAACUGAGCUCAGCCAGUCUGACAUGUUCGAUCCGCGAUUGCAGAGCAAAGUACUGAAACUGGUGGACAUCUCCUACGGGGGUGAGAAUGGUUUUAAUCAAGCAAUCGAACUGUCGGCUGAGGUCUUGUCCAGUGUGAAGUUCAUUCAGGAAAAGAAACUAAUAGGGCGGUACUUUGAUGAAAUCAGCCAAGAUACGGGGAAGUACUGCUUCGGAGUGGAUGACACGCUGAAAGCGCUGGAGAUGGGUGCAGUUGAGAUCCUGAUAGUUUAUGAAAAUCUGGAUAUAAUGCGAUAUGUACUCCGCUGUCAUGGCACAGAAGAAGAGAAAAUCUUGUACCUGACACCCGAACAAGAGAAGGAUAAAUCCCAUUUCACGGACAAAGAGACUGGACAGGAACAUGAACUGAUAGAAAGCAUGCCCCUCCUGGAGUGGUUUGCCAACAACUACAAAAAAUUUGGCGCUACACUGGAGAUCGUCACAGACAAGUCACAAGAAGGGUCGCAGUUUGUGAAAGGCUUUGGUGGGAUUGGUGGUAUCCUGCGGUACCGUGUGGACUUUCAAGGUAUGGAAUACCAGGGAGAUGAGGACGAUUUUUAUGACCUGGACGACUACUAGGUAGUUUGGACUAGGUCUGGUUACAGGUGCCUAACCCUCCAGCAUCCAACCCAAGGAGUGAAGAUCCACAGCGGAAUAAUCAAUCCCUGCCUUAGAACAGACAUUUACACAACUUGUGAUACUCUAAAUACAUUGGAGAUGGUGAAUUUAAAAAAAAUAACACUCUUCGAUUUGUCAUAGUGUCAAUACAGCAGCAACACCAAACUACUGUGUUCCUAAUGCCAGUUUGGACUAAUCUUUUGAAAAAUUUCAUUUUUUUUUUAAUUUUUACUUCAAUGGGACUUUUGUUGCUGUUGUAUUUUAUGAAAUUCAGAUUUUUUUACCUCCAUAUGUAGAGGCAAAUAAUAAAAAUGGAAUGCUAUUGAACUUCA